AUAUUUCGGACAUUACUGAAUAAAUUGUGGUGUAACUUAAACAUUCUUCUGCGUAACUAGAUCAAUAACAAAUAUAAAGUGAACAAACAACAUGAAGUCGGUAUUGCUUUUCAUACUUUUCUUCUAUUACGCUAAUCGCGCAUCUGCUUUCGAUGAACACGAAGUUGUUUUAUGCAUAUUCUCGGACCAACCACGAAAUGUUUCGUACAGAGAUUUUAUGGUGCUACCUGAAACGGGUUUCGACAAAAAUUUACCAACUGUUUUCGUCAUUCAUGGAUUCGUAGCUGGAUAUGAAUAUUUACAGAUAUUUGAACGAGAAUGGAGGCAUCUGGCGGGAAAAAUGAAUCUCAUCGGAAUCGAUUGGUCAAAGGGAGCGCAAACUUGGAACUAUUUUGCCGCUGUGGCACGAACCGCAACAGUUGGCAGUGCAGUUGGACAGUUUAUAUUGGAUGCAAUUAGAAAUAGGCUCAUAGUGGACCCUGAUAGUAUUCACGUCAUUGGCCAUAGUUUGGGGGCUCAUGCUGCGGGUUUUGUUGGAAAACAUAUGGCUGCAGAUAGAACAAAUCCGAUAAAAUUGCGACACAUUACUGCACUUGAUACAGCUGGUCCAUUUGUUGGAAGUUAUGAAUGCUCUCGUCGACUAUGCUACACCGAUGCAACCUUUGUGGAAGCCCUCCACACCAAUGGUGGAGUGCUCGGUAUGUACAAGCCAAUCGGAUCUCUUGAUCUAUAUUUGAAUGGUGGAAAGAAACAACCAGGCUGUCAGUACCCUUCGUGUAAUCAUGCUUAUUCGCAUGAAUUUUAUCGCAGUGUUCUUGAUCAAUAUCGACUCGAUGGAUGGCUGUGUAACGAUCUCAACCAAAUGGAAAACGAGAAAUUUUGCGGUAAUCCUGGUAACCCGCGUAGAUACGAUUUCGACAUCAUACAUAAAGGAACAGUAAAUACUGGUAUUGUGUACGCACCCACUGUAACCUUGAUAGACGCAAGGUAUGAUGUUUCAUCAACGAGAAAGAGAAUUCGCACAGAUCAACCGGGUGACUACACUACUGUCGUUUUUGGAGCUAACGUCAACAACGCGGUCGUGCUCGUUUCACUUCUAAGCGAUGACGGGCACCUUAUCAUUGAAAAACGUAACGACGAGGUUGUCGUAGUAAAUCCGGCCAACGCUGCCUGGACACCCGAUCCAAAAUACCAUCUUGUCGAUGAAACAGAACCGAGACGUAUUGCCAAGCGUUUAGGUGAAUUGGCAAGACCCUUCCGGUUUGUUGUGGCAUUUGAUGCAACCGACAUGUUUACCGAUCCAUUCUGGGAGAUGAUUUACUAUUUAGCAGACUAUCAGAAAUCAUACGCGUCCGUAGACGAAAUUCAAAUGGUUGCUAUGGGCAUCCCACAUGAUGGUAUUCCUUUGCAACGACAUGUGGAUGAGUUGAAGAGUGCAGUGAAGAAUGGGCUUGAACGUCAUUAUACGGUAGAUUUUCAGAUGGCAGGAUUGCACAUGAUUACAAAAAGUGGUGUUGUCAGAGAAAUAUCAGAGCUUGAACAAGAACUGAUGGAUAUUAAAAGAGUUGUCGGGAAACAUUUGGAUCGAAAUCCUACGGAAAGCUUGAACAAAAUUGUUAAGGAAAAUUGGGAACAUUAAUGAUAAUCAAGAAUAUU